AUGGACCGUGCAUUCGUCUGGAUGUUGUCUGCUGUUAUUGUAUAUUGCUUUUUGUCACCUGCGUCUGGCUGGAAGAGUCUCUUGCAAAGGAUUCCGAAUGCCGACUACGUCACAAAUCCAUGUGACCCGGCGCAGCCAUGGGAAGGUAUAGGACAUGAAAACCCGGCAGGAUACGGAGCCAGGAACCAGUUUGGUAUUGACUUUAAAAAACAUGGAAUGGCUUGGAACCCAUCCAUCUGCGCGACAGACUCAGAUGGAGACGGUCGUACGAACGGGGAGGAACUGGGAGAUAAGGACUGCACGUGGUCGCCUAUCAACAACGUGACGUUGGCGACCGCUGGCGUCACACACCCAGGUAUCUGCGAGCCCCUGGGUUCAGAUAUCUGCAAGAACAGAAACUACUGGCUCAACUGUGCACCAGACUUCAAGUGUGACGUCAUUAAUGAGAGUGACACUAGAAACAUGACCGUCCGAUUCCCUAAAUUGGCCGUGCCGGUGAAGGCGACCACACACUACUGUAUGAUCUUCCAGUUCCCGCAAGAUGGCGACUUCCACAUGGUUGCUACUCAACCGUUGCUUGACAAUAAAAAGGUCAUGCACCACAUUCUCUUCUUUGGAUGUGCAGAAGACCAGCAGCCGGCUCAUGAGGUGGGCGUGCCUUACGAGUGUGAGCUGAACUUUGACCGAGCAUGCAGGGAACAGCUCUCUGUGUGGUUGCUGGGCACUCAGGGACAAUGUGUACACGAGCAUGCUGGCUUUCGGAUAGGACAAAGGGGUUACAAACUUGGGGGAAUACAGGUUCACUGGGAGAAUGUUCACCUGUUACCCACUGAGACUGACAGUUCCGGAAUGACCUUCUUCUACACAGAGCGACUGCGCGAAAACGAUGCGGGUAUUUUAUUUGUUGGACAAAAUUACCUCACAAUACCACCAUCACUGCCGAGGUUUACCGAAAUGGGAAAGUGUCAUUCUGAAUGUACACGGCGGAAGUUCUCAGAAGCAAUUAAUGUGACCUACGCUCUGAAUCACAUGCAUUACCUUGGUCGAGAGAUGAGCGUGCGGGUGUACCGGAGUGACCAGCUGGUGUCCAAACUGACGGACGAACACGACUACCAGUUCGACACUCCACACCUCUACAGUUAUAAUGAACCAGUCAGAAUUCAACCUGGUGACGAAAUCCGAAUUACGUGUGUGUAUGACUCGAUGUCACGUGAUAACAUCACUCAUGCCGGAAGUGGUUAUCAGGAUGAAAUGUGUUUUGGAUUCCUCACGUAUUAUCCUAAACAGGCAAUCAGCGAAGGAUCUUCUUCUUGUGUAUCAUGGAAGGACAUUCCACUAUGUUUGAUGGAGCUAGAGGGUUCUGGUGCAAGCGAGAUAGAAUUUAGUCAGUCUGAUUCAGAAAAUGAUUCUAGCCAUGAAAGUAAUUCUGUCAAUGAUGAAUCUGAUGAUGAUGAAUGUAAUACAGAGACUGUUCAGUGUGAAAGUUUUGACCAUGACUUAGAACCCUCUGAAGAUGAUUUAAGACAGAGAAAGAAAACUGAUGAUUUCUUUGCUCAGACCUGCAAGUGUAAAAAAAACUAUAUGACAAACCAUGCAGUCAAGUUGUGGAUGGAAAGAGAAAACAUAAUAAAGUUCCUCAUCUGCUAUGCAUCUGACAAUGCAAUGCCCCUUCCCGGAAGACUUCCAAACUACCGCAAUAGUAAAGUGUUGUUGUUGCCAUCUGAUAAGUCACAAGCAGACAUUCAUGUGGAAUAUGAAAAAAAUAGAUGGUGCAAGAAGUAUAAGUCUUAG